AUGAUAUGGAAUUAUUAUCAAGGCAAGAUCCUGUUCAUUACAGGAGGAACGGGGUUCAUUGGCACCACAGUUCUCUAUCGGCUUUUGACACAGGCCUCUCCGAAACACAUCUACGUGCUCUGUCGAGGAGGCUAUGAGAGGGCGAGGGCAAAAUGGGAGAACAUACUUCCGGCUUCAGUUGCGAAUACCCUCUCUGGAAGUAAUCGCAUGACAAUUCUCGAUGGCGAACUAGGCGAUACCGCGACAAUGGACUUGCCUGAGGAAACUCUUCAGAUGCUGAAAGAAAGAGUGCAUAUCAUCAUUCACGCCGCGGCGUCAAUCGAGCUGAAGAACUCGCUUCGGGAACUAUCGUACACUGUCAUUGCACCCACACUAUGUCUCACCAAGUACGCUCUGAAGUUCCCCAACCUUGAAAAAUUCGUUUUCCUUUCGAGCGCAUAUGUCAACGCCCAUCUUUGGAAGUCCAGUAAAUCCUGUGACGUCGCGGUAGAGGAGCGCCUUUACUCACUCGAAGGUGACGACGAUUCAUGCCAGACAGCACCCGAAGUCUGGAGAGAAGUACAGGCAUCAGGCACCUCGGACGAGUACACCACCCACGAUUUCCCCUGGCCAUAUGCCUAUGCCAAGCACCUGGCAGAAAGGCUCGUCUUGAACAAGGCCUCGGAGCGUGAUGCAUUGGACAAGAUCCUUAUCAUUCGACCGUCGGUCAUUGGCCCGGCCGAGGAGUUCCCAUAUCACGGGUUUACGACCCCGUACUCAUCGCCAUCCACGGCGUGCGCGGCUGCUUAUGCAAUGCACCCUGGAAGAAAGAUUCAACUUGCGACCCGAUGCGAGAAUCCGGAACGAGAAGCUACAAUCGACGAGGUUCCCGUCGACGUGGUAGCUGAACGGAUCCUUGUGCAUGUGGCCUUGGGAACAAGUGGGUACGUUCAUGCAGUUAGCGGAGAGAAAGGCCGUCUAAGACUUGAAGAAUGGUGGGAAGCAUUCAAGAAGGAGCGUCGUCUGCCUUGGAAUGUCAAGCCUGUUUGGACAUCGGAAGACUGGCAUUCCGCGGAUCUCCACCCUAUCGCCAGAAACUUCAAGAUCAUCGGUACUUCCUUUGCCUUUUCUGAAGACAAGACGAUCCAGGCGGCGGAAAAGAUCGACUCAAAGGAGCUGGAGCAUCUCAAGCUCUUUGCUAAGCGGGAUCAGCCAUACUCGAUGGCCCAUCGACGGCAUCAUAUUAACCAUGUGGCACGACAGAUGGCCAAGAAGAGCCGGUGGCCUCUUUGUUCGGUUGGCUGGCUUACUCGGAAGGGGAAAUCAUCGGUCCGUUUCACCGAGAAGGUGUAA